GGAUGCUGCGGCCGCCGCGGGGCGAGGCGGCGGCGGCUGGGCAGGGCGGGGAGGAUGCGGCGGCGGUGGUGGAGGCAGCAGCCGGCGGAGGAGCGGGCAGCGAUGCGGUGCUGCGCGGCGGGGCCCUGGCCGCACGGCGGGGGAGCCCUCACCACCCUCCUGCUGACAGCUUUUUUGUUAAGCUCUGCUGAUGGCAAUAAUGGAACAGUUAACUGGACGACUAAGCAAGCCCACAGUUAUAUUAUCAGCAGAAUAAAGGCUGUUGAGAAGAAUGUGUACACGAUUCUGUCUAAGGUGCACUCUGAUCGGAAUGUAUACCCUUCUGCUGGAGUUCUUUUUGUUCAUGUUUUGGAGAGAGAGUACUUUAAGGGGGAAUUUCCUCCUUAUCCAAAGCCUGGUGAAAUAAGUAAUGAUCCUAUCACAUUUAAUACCAACUUAAUGGGUUACCCUGACAGACCUGGAUGGCUACGCUAUAUACAAAGGACACCAUACAGUGAUGGAGUGCUAUAUGGCUCACCAACUGUAGAAAACGUGGGCAAACCAACCAUCAUUGAGAUCACUGCAUAUAACAGACGUACCUUUGAGACAGCAAGACAUAAUUUGAUCAUUAAUAUAAUGUCAGCAGAAGAUUUUCCUUUACCAUAUCAAGCGGAGUUCUUCAUAAGGAAUAUGAAUGUAGAAGAAAUGUUAGCAAGUGAAGUUCUUGGUGACUUUCUCGGAGCAGUGAAAAAUGUGUGGCAGCCAGAACGCUUGAAUGCUAUAAACAUUACUUCAGCCCUCGACAGGGGAGGGAGAGUUCCACUUCCUAUUAAUGACAUGAAAGAGGGUGUGUAUGUUAUGGUUGGGGCAGAUGUUCCCUUCUCUUCGUGCUUACGAGAAGUGGAAAACCCACAAAAUCAGCUGAGAUGCAGUCAAGAAAUGGAACCUGUAAUAACCUGCGAUAAAAAAUUUCGUACUCAAUUCCAUAUUGACUGGUGUAAAAUCUCUCUGGUUGACAAUACAAAACAAGUUUCCACCUUUCAGGAAGUGAUUCGUGGAGAGGGGAUAUUACCUGAUGGUGGAGAGUACAAGCCACCUUCUGAUACGCUGAAAAGCAGAGACUAUUACUCGGAUUUCCUAAUUACACUGGCCGUGCCCUCGGCAAUAGCACUGGUGCUUUUUCUAAUACUUGCCUAUAUCAUGUGCUGCCGACGGGAAGGAGUGGAAAAGAGAAACAUGCAAACACCAGACAUCCAGUUGGUUCACCACAGUGCUAUACAGAAAUCAACCAAAGAGCUCCGUGACAUGUCUAAAAAUAGAGAAAUCGCAUGGCCUCUUUCAACGCUUCCAGUGUUUCACCCGGUUACUGGUGAGAUUGUACCGGCCCUUCACCCAGACAGCUACGAUAAUACCAGUAUGCCGCUGAUGCAAACACAGCAGAACCUGCCACAUCAGACUCGGAUUCCACAGCAGCAGAGUGCAGGAGAAUUUCGUAUGACAACAUUUCAAAGAUUUGAGGUAAAUGGUAUUCCUGAGGAAAGAAAACUAACAGAAGCAAUGAAUUUGUAAUCGGAGAAGGCAGAAAAUUGUCUCGUUUCCUUCUUUGUUCUGAUUGAUGCAUGAGUUUUUCUGGUGUAUAUUGUGCAUGCCCAUAGUAGUAAGAUGAUCUCAGUGCCAGAGCCUACGAUCACUCCCAUAUAACUAACGUACUGUAUCCUUUUGUACUUCGGACAUUUUUGACAAUUUGUAAACACUGAUAACUUUUUAUAUUUGUUACAUUCAGAAAAUAAUCUUUCAAAUAUAUGUAUUAAUAAAUAUCAACCUUUAUUCUGUCUUGUGAUCUCUCCUGAAAGUUGUCACAGGGAAGUCAAAACUACAAAAUGAGCACCAGGUUGAGGGGAUUUCAGACUGUGCUCAGCGGGAUGACGGAAUUGCCUUACGUUUGCACACGACAAGCAGUACUCUAUAAGCAUGACAACUUGUGCAAUACGAUGAGGCUCAGAAAUAGUAUUCUGGAUUUAGUAGGCAUUAAUUUUGUAGAGAUUAUUAAAAUGUCAUGAGCAAAGUUAUUUUUGGGAAAAAAAAACACAACAAAACCACCGAACAAAAGCCUAAAACUAUUCCUGUUGAAAAUUGGAUUUCUGUUUCUUUAUUUGACAGCUUGUGAGCAAUAAAACAUUUAAAAUCUGUC